GGCCAUCACAUUUUUUCGCAGUGAAAGUGAAAGCUUGUGAAAAUGACCAAAGUAUCAGGGACGAAGACAAGUGACGAUGGAGAGCCAGCCACUAAGCGCGAACGCAAGGAGAUGCAUUCACACAAGAAAGAUCGCAGGGAACGCAUGGAGCGCAUGGAUCGCAGAGGCCGCAGAGACCGCAGAGACCGCAGAGACCGCAGGGACCGCAGAGACCGCAGGGACCGCAAAGAGCCAGCCAGAGGCAUCUCCUCCCGGAUGAGGAACAUCUCACCAAAUCAUUCGAAAACUUCGGAGAGCACCGAAGCAGACUGCAGCGACUCCAGCUACUCGGACUCGAGCUACAGCACCUCUGGAUCGUCCAGCUGCACAAGCUUCUUGAGCUCCAUCAGCAGCAGCUACUCGUCGAGCGACAGCGGGCCAGAGCCAGAAGGAUCCGUCAAAAAGCUUGAGCGCGCCAAGCACUCGUGUUGCCAUUACCGACACCAUCGUCGCCAUAGGCGCCACCAAAAUCCUCGUCAUUCGCACCGUCGUCGUCAUGUCACCCGUUGCCAUCACUCGAAUCACGGUCGCUUCUCCAAGCGUUUGGGUAAAAAGAAUCGUCGUGGCAUAUCCGCCGCCAAGGGAGCUAUCACGGUUAAGGAAGAGGUUGUCGAAAAAAUAUCUCCUGCUUCAGCCGCUGGGGUCAUUCAGAUACCGGCACCCAUUCCGCAGCCCGUGCCGGCACCCAUUCCGGCUAUCCUGUCUGUUUCGGAGUCACAACCGCAUUCCCAUUCCCGUUCGCAAUCGCAUUCCCAUCUGCAUAGCCAUUCCAACUCCCAUAACAAUCCCCACCCGCAACCCGUUCCGGCCCCUGUCUCGGUUCCAAUUCCUGCUCCGAUCGCCAUGCCAACUCCGAUGAGGGAGCCAAGCAGCGUAGUAUUGGACCGCAAGUCUCGUAUACGCAGCUCCACCUCGCAGAACAUCGCCUCGGCCGCCAGCAGUUCUAGCGGCACCAACCAAGCCAUCAUACAGUCUAGCACUAUAACCAUUACCAAGACGAUUGCCAACGCCACUGGCAUGGCCGAAAGCCACUCAAGUGGCGGCGCUAGCAACUCCAGCACAAAAAAUAAGGGGGACAGCAGCACCGGCCAAUCCGCAAAGGCAGUUGUCGCCCAUCACGUGGGCAGCAAGGCGGGUUACCAAGCCCCCAAGACUUCAGUGGCAAGCACCUCUUCGAAAGCGGUGGUCAGGUCUAACGCAAGCGCCAGUUCAAGCCACGGGAACCAUACCAGUUCCAGCUCGAAUUUCACCCAGCUGCACUCCAGUGCCAGGCCCUCGGCAGCCAAAGAUCACAACAAGAGUCCUCAGCAGAACCGCUCAGGCAGCUCAGGCCCCAAGGGCAGGUCGUCAAUCAACGAUCUACCACGUCGCGGUUCUUCACCGUCCACUGGUGCAGAACCUAGUCACCAAAAACAAAGCGGUCUAAACCAAAAUGGGCGGGAUUGCAGCAGCCAGGGGAACCACCGGCGCGGUGAAGGGGAUGGAGGAGGAGCAGAAGCAAAUGGACGGGGCUACAGAGCCGUGGGUGAGGUCAGAAAAGUGACUUCCAGAAACGGAAAGGACGCCUUCAAAUUUCGCCAACCCGUGCGCAAUGUGCGCCUGCACAUUAAGGGAUUGACGCGUCAGGUGACCAAGGCGCACAUCACCGAGAUAUUUGGUCACUUCGGAGCCCUGACGGCAGUCGACUUUCCAAUGGACCGUUUCCAAGGGCGCCAGGGACGCGGAUACGCCUUUGUGGAGUACUCACGUCCAGAGGACUGCGCCUGUGCCAUCAAGCACAUGAACGGCGGGCAGAUCGAUGGCAAGCUGAUCAGGGUGUCCGCCUUCCAGGAGAACAUGCUAAAGGCGCCGUGGCGUCAAUACCGCCGUUACUCGCCAGUCAACCGGCGCCAGAGCCAGCGUACGUUGUCCCGCUCGUCGUCACGCUCGCGAUCGCCGUCCCGCUCUGCGACCGGCUCGGAAUCCGGGUCGCGGUCCUCCCACUCUCGCUUCCGCUCUAUGUCGGUUUCGCGCAAUCCUCGGCGCAACCGCUCGCAAUCGCGCUCCCACUCUCGUUCAUCGCCGCGCUACGGACAUUACCAUCGCCACGAUUCGCGUUCGCCCUAGAUAGGCGGACCUGUCUAAUGUUGCAGAGGGAGGCGAGUUUGAGCGAGACAGGAUUUUCAGGACUCUGCCAGAUGCCUAUUUUUUAUUCCAUGCAUUUAAAUACAAAUGUAGACUUGAUAAACAUCAUGCGUUUUAAUGGUUACUUAUUAGU